AUGUUCGCGCCGUAUCAGGGCGGGCCUUUCGUCGAGGUCUUCUCCCCGCAGGUGCCGCUUCCGCGCGGGAUCUUGCAGCACGGGACGUGGACGAACUUGGCGCUGGACGUCCCCGCGCUCGUCGCCGCGCUGUUCGCGUCCCAGGGCGGCGAGCGCGUCGCGCAUCGCGCGGUGGAGAGCGUCGCCGUGGGCGCCACGUGCAAGGUGCGGAAAAUUUUCACGCUCAGAUCCCCGCCGCUGGCGACGGCGGCGGACGUCCUCGACGGGAGCGUCGGAGGCGGCGGCGGCGGCGGCGGCGGGGCGGCGGCGGCGGCGGCGGCGCGCGCGCGCGCCGCGGCCGCGGCCGCGCGCCGGACGCCGUUCAACGUCGCGAUGCAUCAGUUUCAGUACGACGCCGGCGACGGCGGCGGCGGGAACGAUGUGGGCGGGGGGGGACCCGCGGAUGAUCCGAUCGCCGGCGUCCCCGGCGUCGGUGUCCUCGGCGUGUUCGACGAGCCGAUACACCGAGCGGUGGACUUCUUACCCGGGGUCGACAGGCGCACGCGCGUGCUCGACCCCGCGCGGUUGUCGCGGUGCGACGUCGCGCUCCCGAGCGACGGCGGCGACGGCGGCUUCGUCUCGCGCGAAGGCUCGGCGCACGGCGGCGAAGCCGCGCGCCCUCGAAGCGGCGACCGCGUCUUCGGCGACCGCGAGACCGAGGGCGUGUCCACCCCGGGCGGCGGGUCGCGAGGCGCGAGUCGCGGCGACGGCGGCGGCGGCGUCCACCUCGCGUUCGGGAGCAGGUUCACGCCGCGAGGAGGCAGCGCGGGCUCGGACGCGCCCGGCAGCCGCGGCGGCGCGCGACGCGGCGGCGGCGGCGGCGGCGGCGGCGGCGGCGGGUCUCGGCCGUCGUCGCAGCACCUCACCCCGCGCGGGGAACGCCGCGGCGGCGACGGGUACGGGUACGAUCUGAACGACCACUUCGGACGAGGAUUGAGCGUGGGCGGCGGGCACGGCGGCGGCGAGCUGCUCGUGGAGCCGAUGUACCCGCCGAGCGCGGCGGCGUCGCCGAGCGCGCGCGGCGGCGGCGGCGGCGGCGGCGGCGGCGGCGGCGGCGGGUCGUCGUGGGGGUUCCGGAACGCCAUCCCGGGCCCGGACGACGACGACGCGGCGCUGACGACGCGGGGUGGGGGGAUGCCGUCGCCGAAGUCGCCGAAGGGGACGUUCGGCGUGUUCAAGGUGGGAUCGGCGCCGGUCGGCGGGGCGAGGGCGGCGACGGCGAACGCCAAGCCGUCGAAUCUCCUCGCGUCGUCGAGGACGCCGCGCGGCGCCGCGAGCGCGCGGACGGGGUCGUCGCGCGGCGCGCGGUUCGCGUCGUCGCCGUCGCCGUCGCCGCGGCGCUCGAGCGUCGACAUGGGCGUGUUCGGGAGCAGUUACGCGGGCGAGGGCGAGUCCUCCCGGCGCGCGUCGUCGGGGGUUCGACUCUCGGCGGACGGCUUCGGCCUCGGCGGCGGCGGAGGCGGCGGCGGCGGCGAGGGGGACGCGUCGCCGACGCAGCCCCCCGCGCAUCUGUACUCGAGCACGCGGUACGACGACGGCGCGGGUCCGGGUCCGGGUCCCUCGAGGCGACGGUCCGGCGCCGCGAACGUCUCCCUACUGAGCCUGCAGAUCCCCCGCGACGACGGGCGGUGGGGCGUCGUGUCGUCUCCCGAGGAGGCGACGGCGGAGCCGCUGCGAAGCGUCCGGUCGCCGACGCAGCCCGACGGAUUCCCGGACGCGGCGCCGGCGGGGGGAACGAAGACGAAGACGACGACGAACGUGCUUCAGGGCGCGACGCGCGUGUCCGACACCGUGCGAUUAUCGUCCUACGACGACGACGUCGACGACGACGCCGCGGAGCUCGCGAUGGCGUUGAACGCGCCAGCGUCGCCAGAGUCGGCGGAGGACGGCGUCGCGUACUACCCGAACGGCAGCGGCGGGCUCGCGGAGGGUGAAUACGCGUACGACGACGACGCCGGCGACGACGAGAUGCUCCUCACAUUCCCGCGCGAGAGCGAUAUGUUGCUCCCCCCGCGCCACCUCGGCGGUCACGGCGACCGCGACGCGCAUCACUCCAGGGGGGGCGAGUCGUCGCGGUCCUUCGGCGGCGCGAGCGCGUCGGGCGCGUCCGACGGGGGGAUCCCGUCGCGACGCGAGACGCCGAUCCCCGGGGCGUACCCGCCGCCAGCUGUCGGGCACGGCGGCGUCGGCGUCGGCGUCGGCGUCGGCGUCGGCGUCGGCGUCGGCGCGGGCGGUCCGGGUGGGGCGCGAGCGAUGCACUACCGCGCGUUCACCCCGGACCUCGUCGUGCCGUCGUCGUACGGCGCGAGCGGCACGCCGAGGAAAACCGCGGGGGAGGCGCAGCGCGAGGAGGAAUACGGAACGUCAACCGCCGCCGCGGAAGACGCCGCCGCCGCCGCCAGGGAGGCGUCGAGAGAGCCGAGCGCCGCGUCCGCGGAGAGCGGCGGCGGGGAAGACGCGGCGACGGCGACGACGACGGCGCCGCCGCCGAAGCCCGAGGGCGCGGCGGAUUUAGACCUCAUCUACGACCCGGUGCUGAACUAUUACUUCGAGCCGAAGACGGGGAAGUACUUCGAGCUGAUGUGACGCGACGCGACGCGACGCGCGAUGGAUGCCUUUCCGCGGACGGCGGCGAGUGGGGACGCGCGACGAGUCCGGUAUUUAAGACGUAGCGAGUCAACCGUACCGUAAUAAUAAACGUCGGUUGACGAC